AGCACGCCUUAGGCAGCAGGGGGAGGGGAAGGGGGCCAGGGCUUGCAUUGCCUGCAAUGAGAAAUUUACCAAUCAGGCCAGAUAGGGGUGCAUUAAAACAAACACAAUUAAAAGAGAGAUACCGAAAAAAGAAAAAGAAAGCCGGAGUGGCCAAGUCACUCUGCAGCGAGGCGGACUAGCUGCCGGGGGACUCGUGGGCUGUGAUGAAGCUCCCUAGCAGGGAGGCUGCUCUGGGUUUGCGCAGACACCUGGAUGAAGCAGAAUUGGCCAAGGACUAGCAGGACCCAGCCCUACCACUGCAGCAGAGCCAGAAGAAGGAAGGAAGCUGCAGUCCAGCCUGGGGAGUGCCCUUCAAGCUAAGGGGCGUGCGAUGUCCAGGACUGGGCUGGCUGCCUGCUGAGCCAGAGGGGCAUUGGCCCUGAGGUGUUUUGUUUGUAGAGACUAACGGCCCUGGAGCAGAGGCUUGCAACCAGCUGAUUGCUCAGAGGGUCCCAUCCCUGGUCCCCAGGGAAACAUUCUGGUGUCGGCCCCUCAAUGCAAAGCAGCCCCUAGUGUAACGCCUUGGGGCCUGCAUCCCCCAGUGCAGCGUGUCUGUGCAUUUCCCCCGAGGCAUUGCACCGUACUCCCUCGGGCAUUGUAAACCCCUUCCUCCCAGGGUACCAGACACCUCAGAUACCUCCCAGUCCAGGGCUUUCUGCCCUCUUAGGAACUUGGCAGCCAGCUCCCCUGGGGCACUGCACCCAUAGGGCUUUGUCCUCCAGGUACCCCUCCCCUCCAGGACAUUGCAUCCUCAACUCCAGGGCAUUGCACCCCAGGUGCAUUGCCCGCCAACUCCGCCAGGGAGCUGCCCCCAGCUGGCAGAGCCAUGAAGCUGCAGGCAGUGAUGGAGAACCUGCAGCGGCAGCAGCGAGCACGGCUGCAGCAGGAGCUGGAGGCGCGGCAGCAGGAGCAGCAGCGCUCCACACCUCCCCCGCCAGCAUUGCCCCCUCCGCUGCCCUCCGGACAGAAUGUUGCCCUCCCUUCUGGGGCCUCGCAGUUGGCCCGUGGCCGCAGCCAGGACCCUGCCCCACCUGAGGAAGGGGUGGAGCUUGAGAGCGCCCGCAUCCAGCGUGCCCAGAUGGCUGCCCUGGCUGCUAUGCGGGCAGCAGCAGCUGGACUCAGCCAGUCUCCCAGCCCGGGAAUGUCGGAUGAGAGCCAGGCCUCAGAAGAGGAAGAAGAGGAUGAGCAGGGGGAGGAGGAGGAGGAGGAGGAGGAGGAUGGCAGGUACCAGCAGGAGAUGGGCUCGGAGGAAGAGGAGGAGCUGAAGCGCAAGUGGGGUGAAGAUGACUUUGAAGAGGACAUGGGGGAGGAGGAGGAAGAGGAAGAGGAGGAGGAGGAGGAGGAAGAAGAUUAUGAAGAGGAUGAAGAAAUGGGGGAGGAUGGAGGGCUGGGCCCUGCAGAAGCGGUGAGAGCUGGGCCGGGAUCUCUGCUUCUUCGCAAGCCGCAGGCCCCCCAGCAGUACCGAGGCGAGCCACAGAGGCUGACGGGGGGCCAGGAGCGGCUGUCAUCUGGAUUGAGCCAUCAGGGACACUUGCAGCUACAGCAGCAGGCUCCAGACCACGGAGACUGGACUUACGAGGAGCAGUUCAAGCAACUGUACGAGCUGGAUGGCGAUCCCAAGAGGAAAGAAUUCCUGGACGACCUCUUCAGCUUUAUGCAGAAGCGAGGGACCCCCGUCAACCGAAUCCCCAUCAUGGCCAAACAGGUGCUGGAUCUUUACAUGCUCUACGUACUGGUGACCGAGAAGGGGGGCCUGGUUGAAGUGAUCAACAAGAAGCUAUGGCGGGAGAUCACAAAAGGGCUCAACCUGCCCACCUCCAUCACCAGCGCUGCCUUCACGCUACGCACUCAAUACAUGAAGUACCUGUACCCCUACGAGUGCGAGAAACGAGGGCUCAGCAACCCCAACGAGCUGCAGGCCGCCAUCGACAGCAACCGGCGAGAGGGCCGCCGGCAGGGCUUCGGGGGCUCCCUCUUCACCUACUCCCCCAGCGGCACUCCCGGCUUGCUCUCUUCCCCCAAGCUGCAAGUGCCUGGUCUGGGGCUGGCAGCCACCAACGGCGGCCCCAUUGGCCCUGGGCAAAAGAUAAAGAAAGAAGAGGACUCGCCCAUCCCAAUCACGAUGCCCAGCCGACUCCCUGUGUCCCUGGCUGGCCACUCGGUGGUAGCAGCCCAGGCAGCGGCCGUGCAGGCAGCCGCAGCUCAGGCAGCGGUAGCCGCUCAGGCCGCGGCCCUGGAGCAGCUGAGAGAGAAGCUGGAGUCUGGGGAGCCUCCGGAGAAGAAGAUGGCUCUGGUGACGGAUGAGCAGCAGAGGCUGAUGCAACGGGCCAUCCAGCAGAACCUCCUGGCCAUGACGGCGCAGCUACCCAUGAGCAUCCGCAUUAACAGCCAAGGGACCUGCUCUCCAGAAAACCGUCAGGAUUCCGGCAUGAGCCUGACCAGCAACGGCACGAACAGCAUCAGCAUGUCAGUGGAGAUGAACGGCAUCGUCUAUACAGGUGUGUUGUUCGCACAGACCCCCGGCCCCUCGUCCUCCUCGCUCCCUUCCUCCGCCUACAGCAAAGGAAACAGUGGCAGCCGGAGCAGCAGCAGCAGCGGUGUGGGGGGCAGCAGCGGCGUCUCCCAGGCUGCCCCGGCUGCUUCGUCCGCCCCUCCAACCUCUACCUCUAAUAACUCUUCUUCGCCUUAGCCCACCCUCCCCCAACGGCAGCACCUCAUCUCACCAAAAGACAAAAAAAAU